AUGGCUGCUAUUUACGAGGAUAAAGAAUUCUGCUGCUCUGCGCGUCGCGAUGAAUUAGGGUUGACGCCGAGUCCAGAGGAUGUGGUGUAUAUUCUUGAAUGCGCGGGUGAUUGUCUUCGUAUGGGGAGGGUGCGUUUCAACGUCUUGUCAAUUUCAUCUGCGUCUAUCAUCCCCGACUACCGCAUUCGCUUCGCGCCCGAUAAAAAGAUCGACUUCUGCGUCUAUCUCGAUCCUCACUACGACCCCAACGAUACAAACAUCGCCAGCACCGUCGACACCGUUCGCGCCCGUCUUCCAGGGCUGUCAAUCAACCCAACCGACGACCUGUCGCUAUUGAGCAAUCCGAUUGCCAUUCCCAUCGAGACUAAGCGUCCCGGCGAAGGCUUGGACACUGCCAAUCUUCAAGUCGCGACAUUUUUAACAGCACAUUUGACACUUCUACAACGACUUGUUGAUGCUGGUGCUUCUGUGCCUGUUGAAGCUGGGGAGAAAGUUCCCUCGGUUGAUGAUCUGGGCUUUUUGCCUGGAUUGAUCGUGCAGGGGAAUACGUGGAACUUUAUCGCAGCUAGCCGUCAAGAUUCUCGAAUCGUGAUCUGGUCUGAAACCUCACUCGGUUCGACGGGCGACAUAUUCGGCAUCUACCAAAUCAUCGCAUCGUUACAAUUGUUGCGACAAUGGAUUAACGCUACAUACUGGCCAUGGCUACGACGAGUUACGCGAAGAGCUGCUACAGCUGCUCAAUUACGCGAUGGCCCUGCUGGAUGA